GUCUAAGUGGUGAGUGGGACUUUGGUUGUGCACCUAACAUCACGAUGGAUGACUAUCCCAUGUAUGGGCUACUUGUGGGGUUCUCCCUGUGGGGAACCCUAUGGCGUCUCCUUUUUCCUCUGGGCUUCUGGCCCACUGUUGCGUGUAGAGUAGGGCCCACUCGUGGUGGUACGUCCACCACGCCAUACACGAAGGAGGAGGAGGAGAAGAUGGCCGCCCUACUGCAAGAGAGGAAGGAGAAGAAGGACGCCAAAAAGAAGGCCUUGAAGGAGGAGCAGGCKGCCAAACUGAAGAAGAUCGAAGAGGAGAUGGCCAGGGAGAAGGASAGGCUAAWAAAAGAAGAGGAAGAGAAGUUGAAAAAGGUAGAAGAGGAAGAGGAAGACCCGCCAGUGCAGAAGAGUAGUGGACAGCAUAGCGGCAGUCCUGGUGGGGAGCUGGAAAAAAGGAUAUCCGAAUGGGUGGCUAAUCUGACUGCAGAGGCGGCGGAAGCACUAGAGGAAGUGAAAACGAUAGAACAACAAUUAGCCGCCCAACCCGAUUUCCCGAAUCAGAUGCGAGUCGUGGCUCGAAGCAUCGCAUGCCUGGCACGAGUCCAGGCAGAUCAGUAUGACUUCAGCAGGAGUCAAGAUAUAGCUGUGCGCUCGAUACGAUUGGGUUUACGGGACUUUGCGCGGGAACUGGUAGGAGCCGUUGGAGUCGAGGUGGGACAUCGCCUUGAUAAGACUGAACGAUUCUGCGCUGGCGCCAUGGAGGGCGUCAAAGCGACAGCUCCUUAGGAAGAGGAGCCGCGCCCACCACGUAGAGAACCAAUCAAAGUUAAGUUCCCGG